UGUCCUGGAAAUGGAAAAGAUCGCACGAAAAGGACCGAUUCCUGAAGAAGAACUGGUUACAAUUAUCAUUGAUAAUAUGGGAGAUGCGAGUAAUACCAGCGCGAUGCGUUAUUCAGCCAACACUGUUAAGAAGCUGAAAUCUAUGUUGGAGAAAUACGAACAACUUCGUAUGUUAAAGGCAUCUGUUUCAUCUCCCCGUGUUCACCCGAAUUCACAACAACCCUCCGCUGCCGGUACCGGAAACCGUACAUCAGAAACAAGGUGUUUCAACUGUUCCGCGUAUGGACAUUUUCGUGAAAAGUGUCCUAAACCCCCUCGCCCACCAGGAUUCUGUUUUCGAUGCCACCAAUUGGACCACGUUUUUAAAGACUGUCCCGAUCGGAACAAAACAUCAGCCGCCGUCAUCUUUACAACCGACACCGAUGGUGUAAGACUGCAAGAAACGCAAGAGGAAGCCCAGCAAGCUUCAUCGAUGAAUCGUUGGUCCCAAGAUGCCGUUUAAAUGUUUUGCAAUCAUCAAUAUAUCGUGGCUUGGGAAAUAAAAUUCUUCAAACGCGUGGACAGCUUCUGUGCCGUAUUGAAUUCAACGUCAAUAUAAGGACCAUACAUUUGUUAUCCUUAGCAAAGGUAGCAUGGCGUGGCCAUUAAUUAUCGGUACAGAUCUAUUAACAAAAUUUGAUGUUCAUCUUACACAAAUAAAAUUUAAAUAUAAUAAACAACAAUUACUUCACAUGAAUAAUCAGUUAAACCUGCCUAUUAUAGCACCACACAUUUUGUCACAGCUCCAACGAAUCGGUUUAUUCAAACAAAAGGAAAAAGUUUACGUAGAGAUUGCACCACACAACUUAGCUAGCCCAAAAUUGAACAAUGACCAAAUCCAUUUAGAAUUACCUUCUGAAAAGAUCAAUGACGAUGUAUUUAUAGAACUUUGUGCGAUUGAUUUAGCCGAGAAUAGAAAAUGAAAUAUCAAUCCCAACCUUACAAAGGAACAAAUAACUGUCCUAGAAACAAUAAUUGAAAACAAUUACAUCAAUUUCCCUUCUGAGCUUAUAAAAUAUUCUGAUCACCGUAUGAAAAUCAACCUAAUUCAUGCUACUCCAAUUUUCUGUAAACCACGACGUCUGUCAUACUCUGAACGAAAUCAAGUCAAAGAAAAAGUAAAAGACUUAUUGGAUAAAAAAAUAAUUCGACCAAGCAAUUCCCCAUAUGCUUCUGCACUCGUUCUUGUGCGAAAAAAGAAAGGGGAGAUUAGAAAAUGUGUUGAUUUGUGUGAUUUUCGACCAAUCAACAAAAUCACGGUUAGGGACAAUUAUCCUAUUCUCCUCAUAGAUACAUGUUUAGAACAUUUGGGUAAU